AGUAAUCCCGUAAAGAUGGAGAGAAAACUUCUACUUUUAUCUUUAGUUUGUAAGUCUUUAAUAAGAGAAACAUAUUUUACAUAUUUAAAAGCUUUAACAAAAUUGUUCAGUUUUUAUAAUUGGCGAAAAAGAAUGUAUUUCGGAGGAAAUCGCUACAUUUGGCACGUUUGAACCAAUAUGUUACAAAUUCUCUGAUAAACAAACUUUAUCUUCCAGAAAUAUUACAUGGACAAACAAUACUUCCUUUGACUCUUCUGAGAACCAAACCUUAAAUAAUGAAAUUAGAAUUCCCAGCGAUGAUUUUUAUUUUAUAAGCUUUAAUGUUGGAUUUGAAUUGUUCACUAAUGAAGUAGUCGAAUUCGUACAUUUCAUAAGGAAACAGUAUUAUACGAAAGAAAAUUAUUAUGAUCAUAAUUAUGGCAGAUAUCGUAAAAGAAAUGUAAUUAAGACAAAGCUAGUGCCUUCUAGUCUCUUUGCUGUUUCUAUAAAUUCUAGUAGAGACAAAGGAAUAUCCGUAGCAAGCUCUCAAAACUUACUGAUGCUAGCUGAAAAUCAAACGUACUACAUAUCACUUAGAAAAGGAAAUUUUAACCAUUUCAGUGAUAGUUUAUCUAAGUUAACAUCUAUAUCGAUAAUAAAAUAUCGAUCAAAUGCAUAUUUUACUGGUACAAUUUCGGGUAGUUCAAAAGAGAAUUUUCUGAAAAUAAAGGGUAAGAAUUGUUCAAAAAUAUCAUUCUGGUCCUCUCAUAUUAGAUUUACCGAAGAUGGAUUUUAUGUUUUAAAUGUUGUGGUUAAUCAGAAAAAAGGUGUUGAUUUUCAUAUGAAUAUCAACUAUGCAGAACAUAAACGCUUUUUUCUAAGAAGAACUGAAACUGAUUCUGCAGCUGAAGCAAUUUCUAUGUCAUAUAUUAUAAAACUGAAACAAAGAAAUAUAUUAGAGUUUAAUCUAAUAUCUGGAAAUCUAGACCCUUUGAACAAUAAUAACAUUUCAAUAAUGAAACUAAAUCCUUCGAAAGUAUCCCCACUUUUAUAUCUAGUUAGUACAAAAUCAAAGUUAAACUCUACUGAAAGAAGUAAAGUUAAGUUUAACUCAAAAGCAUAUCAAAUUGGUAAUGAGUGGAAUAAUGAAACAUUUCAAUAUACAAUAAAAGAGACGGGGAAAUAUUUUGUUUAUGUAACAAUAGAGACAAAAAAAUAUACCAAAAUUGACGUCUCUGUUAUGAAAAAUGAUAAAAUCAUGUUUGAAGUUUUGAAGUUGUCAAGAUCAAAAACUAAUGGAGAUUUUGUAUCAAAUUCAGCAACGGUUGAGCUGCAUUUGGGGGAUAAACUAGAAGUUUUUUCAAAUGAAAAAUCCGACUAUGGAGUGUAUUAUAAGUUAACAACCUUUAUGGUAUAUUUCUUAUCAAAAUAAAACGAUAUAAUUCGUUUAAAAAUGAUUCAUAGCCAUUAAACGUGGUCCGAUUUGUUUAGUUGUUCUCUUAUGCAAUCUUUAUCAAUAAAAAUAGCAAUAAAUUAUUAAUGCAAAAAAUAAACUUAAGGAAACUGAUAUCUCGCUUUCAGUUCCGUUAAGUGUUAAGUGUUAUGUUAAGCAUAACACAUACGUAUAAAUAGACAAUUUCCUUUUUAGUAUCAUUUAAGCAUCGUACAAAGAUGAUUAACCUAGCAGUAGUUUGUCUUUAUGGAAUCUUCCAUCUUUCGUAUUGCAAUUUAAUUGAUGGGGGAAACAAUCAAAAUUCAUAUAAAGCUGAACCUAAUCUAUAUUGUUACGAUAACUCGUCAAAAUAUUACUCUGUUGGUGGUAUAUCGUGGUCUAAUAAUCAUUAUUACACUAAAGGACGCUCUUGCCCUUUUACGCUAUGUUUGGACAAUGGAAUUCAUUUCAUAAGUUUAAACUUUGGAAUUAGUUUACGCAACUCUGGUGAAAUUCACAUACCAUUUAGCUGUUCCAAUGGGAAGGAUAGUUCGAAUAAAAUCGAAAAAAUUAAUUAUAAAUAUAUAGACAAAUCAGAUCUUUCUGCUAUCAAUAUAAAUUUUUUAAUUGCAAGUGAACAAGCACAUUAUUGUCAAAUAGAUGUGAAAUUCAUGAAUUUGUACAGUGACAAUUUAUGUAAAAUGACGUCUAUUUCGUCAUUUUCAUAUCAGUCUCCAGUGUAUGGCUUGAUUCAAAUGAAACAUUCUGAAUCGGCGGAAAAAAUGACUUUUACUGUUUUGAAAUCAUCGACAAUUGGCGUUUGGGAUUCAAAUAUAAGAAUAGUUGAGGAUGGUAUUUACCUUUUAACUGUGUCAGCUUUUUCUCAAUGGUAUACAAAGUUUCUACUAACUGUAAAUAGUAGUAAUGGUGAUGUUUAUACUUUAAGAAAUAACUAUCGUGAUUCACCAUCAAAUUUAAUAUCGAUGUCAUACUUAUUGAAAUGUAAAAUUAAAGAAACAUUAUCUUUUAACUUGUUGGAAGGCCAACUUCAACAAACUAGUAGUUUAUCUAUUUUAAAACUAAGUGUGUCUAAAACAAGACCAGGUCUCUACGUAUCAAGUUCGAGUCAUAAAAGCAAUGUACAACAGGAAAAGGAGAUUUCCUUCGAUGUUACUCAUAUAUCAAUUGGUAAUUCAUGGAACAAUAACACAUUUACUUAUACUAUUGAUAUACCAGGACGCUAUUAUGUUUAUGUUACAAUAGAAUCAAGAGAAGGUAGUAAAGUUGAUGUGGCUGUUCAAAAAAAUGGAAAAACCAUAUUCGAAAUAUUAAAAUAUUCAGCAAAAACGCACGAUGGUCAUGUUUUAGCUAAUUCAGCAAUAGUAAAAUUUUCCCAGGGUGAUUCUUUGAGAAUUAUCUCUAAUGCAAUGUCUAGUUAUGGAGCUUUAAAUAAGUCGACAACUUUAUUAGUAAUUUUUUUGUCCUAGAAAACGAUUAAAACUAAUUCAACCGGAAGUCUAUAGAUUAUUGAACUUUGAGAAAAGAAUUUAAUUGUCAGAGCAUGCUAUGUGUUUUGUAUUAUUAUAGAAACAAAAUGAAGCAAUAAUACACUACAAUACAAUAUAUUAGAGCAAGU